AUGGCAGAUGCGGGAAACUUCUCCAAUGAAACCAAACCAACUUUAGUCUUCGUAUAUGGUACGCUGAAAAAAGAGUUUCCAAACCACCACCUCCUUCAAGAACUGAUGUCCCAAAAAGAAGCCGCAUACGCAGGCACCUGCAUGACCCACCAACCACACCCUCUCGUUAUUGGGCCCUAUGGGAUCCCUUACAUGCUGCACCUCCCUGGCAGUGGUGGUCACCCAGUCAAUGGCGAGCUAUACUCGGUGUCAACUCAGGGAUUCGUUCGACUCGAUGAGUUGGAGGGCACGAGUGUUGGGCACUACGAGAGGCGUCCAAUUCAGGUGAUCAUGCGAGAAAAGAGUGAAUCUGAGGAGGGCGACGGUGUCGCUUUGGUGGAUGCUGAGGCGUAUUUUGCUCACGGGAGUUUUGGAGAGAGGAUGUGGGUUAGGUGUGGGAGAGUUGGGUUGGGUGAGUAUAGUUUGGAAAGACAUGCGUGUGAUUAUGUGAAGAAAGUGAAUAGGGCUGAAGGGAGGAGCUUUCUAGAUGAAAUGGAAUUGUUCUUGUCCGGUAGUGCUUGA